CACACCCUUUAUCAUUUCACCUCCUUCAGCUCCAAGUCAAAAUGCACCUUAUUGUACCCAUCCUCGUGAGCGUGCUUCUUCCCAAAGCAUAUUCACUCAAGUGCUUUGAGUGCACACCAGGAGAAUCAGGAGCAUGCACCGACAAGCAGACUUACUGUCUUAAUCCAACCCAAUGUGGAAGCUCGCGGAUCAUAUCCUAUAUUGAUGAUACAAAAUUAUUGGAUAUCAACGCGAAGUCUUGCGCGGUGCCUGCUGCGUGUCUCAGUGCAGCAGUGAACUUCGGAAUCUCGCGCACAAUGAUCGCCAGCAAAUGCUGCAAUACGGACCUCUGCAACUCCCAAAGCGUCCCUGAUUCCACUAAAGCCCCUCCUAAUGGCAAGACAUGCUUCACCUGUACCGGAACGGACUGCACGAGAACUCUGAGGUGCUUGGGAGAGGAGGACCUCUGCAUCUCAACAACAGUGAACACGGGUGGCGUGAAGAUAGCAAUGAAGGGAUGUGUCUCCAAGAGCAUCUGUGUGGGAGACGGGUCACAAGCACUGGGGCCCGCCAUGGGCAUGGACAUGAAGUGCUGCGAGGGCAACCUGUGUAACAAUGCCCAGAGCAUCGGACUGAGUCUCCUGCUCCUGGUAACAUCCAUGGUCUCUGUCACCCUGUUCUACUGAGAGACACUGUGCCUUCACCUCCUUACCUCUCCUCCUCUCCUAGGCAUUGCCUCGUUCUGUUUACUAGUUCCAUCGUAACAGGAGCCUCCCUGUCAUUGUCCACCCCCCCCACCCCCCAUCUCCCCACGCCCCAGCCCCAGUCUCCACUAUCUACCUGUUGUGUGUAUUAACACUGGAUGUUAUUGAAUAGCACCUUUCACUGGACGCUUCCUUGGGGCGUCACAUUAUGUAGGGUUAACUCAACCCCUUCACCCCCGCCAGCGUAAUGCUGCAGCCACCUGUGGAAUGCACUAUAGCCAUUUCAUUUUAGGGACAGCUCUUGCAAAAAAAUACACACUCACAACAACCUACACCUACAUCCAUCCCAUAACCCCUACACACACUCACACCCAUCCUCUUCUCUCCUCAAGGCCCUGUGAGUCAGUGAGGCAUGGAUGUUUGGCGAGGCAUUUGCCAAUCUAAGCAAGUGUGGUACAUUGCUUCAAAUCAUUGGCAUUGUUAGCUUUCACCUGUUUUUAACAUUCUGAAUAACAUAACAAAGGCUAUUGAAUCCCAUUUUUUACAUAGCAGAAAUAUACUUGAAAUUAAAAAUGUCACUGGAUGUGUACAGUGUUAAUGUGUUUGCUUGAUGAACAAGAUUAAUUCUGUAAAUUAAAAAAGAUGAAA